AUGGUUGAGUACAAGGUCGCAAAAAUUUCUGAUAUUGGAGACGGCCAACUCAAAGAAUUUACUGUGGGUGGAAACAUUAGAAUUCUCUUAGCAAGAGUUAAUGGGCAAAUACAUGCAACUUCUCACAAAUGUACUCAUUACGGAGCUGCUCUUGCUACAGGUGUAUUUUCUAGCGAUGGUCGCAUAACUUGGCAAGAAGACUUUCAUUUCGUUCAAAAUUGUCCUUGGCAUGGUGCUUGCUUCAAUGUUACUACCGGUGAUAUAGAGGAUGCUCCUGGAUUGGAUAAUCUUCAAAAAUACAAGGUUACCAUAAAGGGUGAUGACAUCUACGUUGAAGAUGAAGAUGAAUUCAAAAUUUCCAGACGACCUCCAAAGUGUCCUGUUGGUGCAUUUACGUUAAGCGAUCAUACUGUAGUAAUCAUCGGUGGUGGCGCUUCUGGAAACGCUACGGCAGAAAAGCUUCGUGAAGACGGGUAUAACGGAAAGAUUAUUAUUAUAAGCCAUGAACCUUACCUACCCAUUGAUAGACCAAAACUUAGUAAAGCUUUUGGCACAAAACUUGAAAAAAUACAAAUCCGAAAUAAAGAUUUUUAUGAUAGCCUUUUCAUUACGUUUAAACUGGGAACGUCUGUAACUAAGGUAGAUGCCUCUUCUAAAAUGGUUACUCUUGAUAAUGGUGAAAAUUUGAAGUAUGACUCUUUGGUUAUUGCUACUGGGACUUCACCACGAUCUAUUCCAGUUCCCGGAGUUGGCCUCAACAAUGUGUUUUAUCUUCGUACAUUCGAAGAUUAUGAGAAAAUUGAACAAGCUAUCGGUAAAGAAGAAAAGAAGAACCUCGCAAUUAUUGGAUCCUCUUUUAUUGGAAUGGAAAUGGCAGCGGUUUGUGCUAAAAAAGCUAAUGUCUCUGUUAUUGGCAUGGAUAAGGUUUUCUGGAAUUAUUUAUCACUUGCACAUCGUGAUCAAGUUCCUUUUGAAAGAGUGCUUGGUAUUGAGGUUGGAGGUGCAAUUCAAAAGUUGCAUGAAGCAAACGGUAUCAGCUUUUAUUUGCAAUCUGGUGUGAAGGAAAUUGAGCCCUUGGAUACUGAACUUAGCAGAGGAGGUGCUGUAAUAUUAACAGAUGGGAGAAGGAUUCCCGCUGAUGUAAUAGUAAUCGGAGCAGGUGUAGCACCAGCAACUGAGUUUCUGAAAGGCUCACCGGGAUUCACAUUAGAAAAAGAUGGUAGUCUUAAAGUCGACGAGAAUUUCAAAAUUGAAGGGCUUGAUGACGUUUUUGCAAUUGGUGAUGUCGCAAGAUUAAUAUAUCAUAAGACCGGAGAGUCGGUCCGCAUUGAGCAUUGGUCGUUUGCCGAAAAUACCGGUCGAGCAGUCGCUGGAAUCAUUGCUAAAACACCAUCCGUUUCGUUCAAAAAAAUUCCAUAUUUUUGGAGUAAUCAACUUGGCAAAGGAAUACGUUACACUGGUUAUGCCAGUAGUUUUGAUGAUGUUAUUAUUCAAGGAAGUCUGGAAGAAUUUAAAUUUGCGGCGUAUUAUGCACGUGAUGAUAAAAUCCUGGCAGUUGCUACAAUAUCCAAAGAUCCUUUAGCUUCUCACAGUUCAGAACUG